AGUGCUUCUGGUUCCAUAUGGUUUUGCUGAGCUUGUAAAAGAGACACUUGGAUGGUGGAUUAACAAGAACCCUGACGUUUUAUGGAAAGUAUCAAAUUGGAGAACACUGAAUUUUCACCCUAGUUCAGCAGCUCUGCUGCUCACGUAAAUACAGAUGAAUGAAGACCCCAUUCGGAAAGUCACCUGGCCAGCGGUCCAGAGCUGAUGCAGGUUGAGACCUGGAAAGCCAGAAGCAGGUCCUAGUGGGCUACAGACUCUCCCAAGGACAGGAAGCACACCAGAGAUCAGAUUCCUGAUGUUCUUAUGGAAGGGGUCUCUCCUUCAGAACAAUAACCACCUUCCAUUUCAUCCUCCCUUUCUGAAAGCCAAAGAUGUCAGCUUGAAUGGCCAUGCUGGAGUGUCUGCAAACAUGAUGAAGAAGAGGACAUCCCACAAAAAACAUCGGAGCAGUGUGGGGCCAAGCAAGCCUGUGUCUCAGCCCCGGCGGAACAUCGUAGGCUGCAGGAUCCAGCAUGGGUGGAGAGAGGGUAACGGCCCUGUCACCCAGUGGAAGGGAACUGUCCUGGACCAGGUGCCCGUAAAUCCUUCUUUGUAUCUUAUAAAGUAUGAUGGAUUUGACUGUGUUUAUGGACUAGAACUUAAUAAAGAUGAAAGAGUUUCUGCACUCGAAGUCCUCCCCGAUAGAGUUGCAACAUCUCGAAUUAGUGAUGCACACUUAGCAGACACAAUGAUUGGUAAAGCGGUGGAGCAUAUGUUCGAGACAGAGGAUGGCUCUAAAGAUGAAUGGAGGGGAAUGGUCUUAGCACGGGCACCUGUCAUGAACACAUGGUUUUACAUCACGUAUGAGAAAGACCCUGUCUUGUACAUGUACCAGCUCCUAGAUGAUUACAAAGAGGGCGACCUUCGCAUCAUGGCCGAUUCUAAUGAUUCACCUCCAGCAGAAAGGGAACCAGGAGAAGUUGUGGACAGCCUGGUAGGCAAACAAGUGGAAUAUGCCAAAGAAGAUGGCUCGAAAAGGACUGGCAUGGUCAUUCAUCAAGUAGAAGCCAAACCAUCCGUCUAUUUCAUCAAGUUUGAUGAUGAUUUCCAUAUUUAUGUCUACGAUUUGGUGAAAACAUCCUAGAUGUCAUCGUGAACUUUGCCAAAUUUGUGGAACUAUUAAAUGUAUAAUUUGUAGACAUAAAGACUUGAUUGCUUUCCAGUUUAAUGAAAGCUUAAAUGUCCCUGCGAACCCACAAUCUCUGCCAGCAGAACUGGUUUUGUUCUGAAUAGUACAGAUUGAUGUGAACACAAAGCAUUUUGUGUAAGGAGAACUUCUUCAUCUUAAAAGAAGUCUGUCUGUUGGGAGGGGAGUUACAGGCAAGUUUGGUAAAAGUUAAGCUAGUAUCAUAGUCAUUUAAAUCUGUAAUAGAUCUUAAUCAUUUCCCCCCUUCACUUUAACACCGUCUUAUUCUGCCACAAUGCAAGCAUAGUUUGGUAUUUUUGUUACUGCCUUUUUUUGAGAUAUAUGUAUCUGUAUCUACCUAUAUGUAUCCGUAUAUAUGUGCGCACACACACAGAGGCACACAUGCACACACACACCAUUGGCAGUCCUUUCCUCAUGGAUUGGGAUGGGGUGAUUCAAUUUUCUCCAGUUUAACCGGAGUGCUUGACACAAGUCGGUCAUGUUUAGGACAUUCCUGUUCUUCAUUUAAAAUUAAAUUGGGGGGCCAGGGACUUAGCUCGGUGGUUUCGGCCCCUGCCUCGAAAGCUCAAGGACCCGAGUUCAAUCCCCGGUACCAAAAAAUAAAUAAUAAAAUAAAGUUGGGGCACAGGAAGCACAUAGGCACGUUCAGUUACUUUGAAAAUCAGGAGUUCAGAACACCUAUUUUAAUCUGGAGGCUUUAAACUGUAAGUCCAAAUAUGAAUUACUUAUGAACAGUUCAUGACCCACAUUUGGUUGACUGGUGAGAAAUCUGGGUAAAAGGCUGCCUUUAAUUCUAAACUUUAUAAGUUGUUUUGUUUACAUUUAAUUUUAAAUACUUUUUAGCUCAGUCCAGGUCCUUUGUUCACUCAGAAUAACAUAGGUGUGUCUUGGAUGGCACAUUUGGCCCAUUACUUAUACAAACUAGUAAUCGAUUUUAGUUCAUGGAUUUAAAAGGCAACAGUACAUCAAUGGCUUGUGUGUAUGUGGUGAGUUCCUGGAAGAACAGUGCUUUUGUAUUUAAAAUGUAAGUUUAAGAAUGGCAUUGUUGCCUUCUAAUAUGUUCUCUGGAACUGUUUUUUGGUUUUGUUCUGUUUUGUUUUUCUGUUAUUGCUAGUAUAUAAUUAUGGUCAGAAGGCCUCUUUUCUCCUUCCCUAUCCCUUCCCCCCAGCUUUGCCCCACAAAAAAGGUCUGGACAUAUAACAAACAGCUCAGUCUUUUGUGGUAGUACAAGUGUGUGUUCUUGCCCCGGGGGCACUGUUAAUGUGGGUUCAUUUCCUCCAGUGGCCCCUGGGGUUUGCAUGUCAAUGAUACGUUGCCAUAGAAGACCUACUUAUCCAUGUUGGUUUGCCAGUGUAAUAGCAGGCCCUCACCAGAGUCUUUUGUGGGUUAUUCCUGUAAGGUUGUUCAAAACUGAAAUAGAACCACAAGUUGGUUUGACAACCAGGAGAAAGGUGGCAUUGGAAACCAGUCUUGUAGAGAUGGGAAAUCUGACCUGUGGUUUGCACAGAGCCUGCAUGGGCUUGCUGUCUUAUUAAACAUCAGAGGUUUGGAUUUGAAGUCCUUGCGAUGUCUUUGGGGGCUGUCCUUUAUGUUAGCAAUCAUUCCAGUUUAGGGCCUCACAAUGUAUGGUUUGCUUGAUGCCCAUUUUUGCCUUCCUGAAGACUUGUGCCUUGUGCUUUUGGAUGGUAAUGACUGCUCACCAUAUGAUCAUAGUACAUCAAUUCUUUGUCCCCAGCUGUAGUGGUCCUGUGCCCAGUGCUUCACCAUGGGCAGCUUCACCAAGGGGCGACCUCAAAGCAGUGUGAUGCCCCAGUCAUAGAUGCUUCUUGUGUGUGUGAACAGGUGUCGUCCUGCAGAUCUGCUGUCUGUUUCCCUGCAUGUAAAUCUCAGAGCUGAGCCUGGCUCCCAGAGCCCAUACUGACAUGUGGCACGAGAGAUGGUGAGUGUGUCCAGCAUGCACAGAGGUUGUGCAGAAUGUGGCGCAGUGACUUCAGGCUGAAAAUAAAGCUCCUUUUAAAGUAUCCCAAGGGUUGGGUCAAUUGAAACAUUUCUAGCAUUACCUAAUAACUUGCAUUGUGGUUUUUCUGCAAGCAACUUUAGCAACUUUUAAUAUACCCAUAAUCUCCCAGUCUCUAGAGGAAUGCAACAUGGUGAUGAUUUUAAUCAUUGUUCCAUUUAUUGCCUUUUGGGCUGAGGGAAGGGGAAGGGUUUUUUGUUGUUGUUAUUUUUCCAUCUUUUUUUCCCCAUUCUUUUUUCUUUUGGUGACUUACACCUCAUUUAAUGCUGUGACUAAUUCUGCUCCAGAGCCCAUGUGUCUUGGGCUUCAUUUUAGGCUCAUGUUUCAGACCUGCAUGCAAUGCUUGCAUUUUUCUGGUAUCUGAAUGUUGGUUCCUGUUCUAGGAAUUCAGCAUUAAUUUCCAAAAUUAUCAUGGGACUUGUGACAACACAAGACAUGAAUCUAUGUAUAAAAUUUAUUGGCCUUUCAUUUACCUGCUCUAGUAUUGUAUUGUGUGUGCGUGCGUGUGUGAUGUCAGGCUGCCACGUAAAACUUUCAGAGAGAACCUUAAAAGCAGACCAUCCUUUUUUGCAUGCUCUAUUCUAAGUAGAAUGUUCAGUGUAACUAAAAUUGCAUGUUAAAGAUAUUUAGGUUUUUUUUGUUUUCUUUUUAAUUUUUAUUUGUUUUCAGUUUCCUGUAUAUUUGCUUACUGUGCUGUUCUAGUGGUUGUAGGAUAAAAAUGCACUGGUGAAGCAAAUGUAGUGCCAACAGAAGGUGAUUUUUCCCGUUGUAUAUGUCAUGCAGCAUUUGAAGGGACUGUGCACUGUUUAAAAAUCACAGUUACUUCUAAACCAGAUUUCAUUUCUAUUCUUGUUUUAUGUGCCAAAUCCUUGAAGUGCAUUGGGCUUGAAUCUCUGAACACUGUAGACCCAUCAGAAGACUGUUCUGAUUGUCACAAAUUGUAGUGCCUGAAAACACUCUUAAGAUGAUUGUCUUAAAAAAUGAAAGUUCUCCAAAGACAAAAACAGAAACAAUUAUUAUAACAAAUUGAUUAUGGUUGAAAUAUCUGUGGUUCCUUGGAAAUGCUGCGCUCUUUGUAUUUUCCAUCAUUAGUGCAGUUUGGAUGAAUGUGUAUAGUUCAGAGGUCUUCGUGUUCACAUUUUAAAACUAGGUAAAUGACCUCAUCUUUUGAGCUUGAAUUCAUUUUUAAUUUUAAUUUUAUUUUAUACAAUGUGUAGAGUUUCCUGUUCUUUGCAUUUAGAAGUAUACACAAUAUAAAUCUGUUAAUUCUGUAAGUAAUUUUUAUAAUUAUGAUGUAUCUCUAUCCUAUCCUUAAAACAUUUAAAAUAAACCCUUUAUGUGCAA